CUGGGCCACCAGGGGAUGGGGCUGUGCGGACCUUCCGCCGGCGGGAAGUUAAGACCAGGUGCUAAGACUUUUCUAUCAAAGGAAGCCUGGCGCCCUGAAGUCUCGCGAGAUCCUGGCCGGGCCCAAUGGAAAGCGGGGUCUGGUUUGUCACUAGGGGCGUUUGUUGGGGGGCGGAGCUAGACGGGAGUGGGCCGGGCGUCGUAGGUGCCCGGCGUAGCGGCGUUUAGGCCGAGCUGCGGUUCUCAGGAGCGAAGCCGUGGCCAUGAAGGAGGAGAAGGAUCACAGGCCUAAAGAGAAACGAGUAACCCUGUUGACUCCCCCGGGGGCCACGGGCAGCAGCGGUGGAGCUUCGGGGGACAGCGCCAAAGGGGAAGAUAAGCAGGAUCGAAAUAAGGAGAAGAAGGAGGCGCUGAGCAAGGUGGUCAUUCGGAGAUUACCUCCCACUUUGACCAAGGAGCAGCUUCAGGAACAUCUUCAGCCUAUGCCGGAGCAUGAUUAUUUUGAGUUUUUUUCUAAUGAUACUAGUCUGUAUCCUCAUAUGUAUGCCAGAGCAUACAUCAACUUUAAAAACCAAGAGGACAUUAUUUUGUUCAGGGAUCGCUUUGAUGGUUAUGUAUUCCUUGACAAUAAAGGUCAGGAAUAUCCUGCCAUAGUAGAAUUUGCACCUUUUCAAAAAGCUGCAAAAAAGAAGACUAAGAAAAGAGAUACCAAAGUUGGGACUAUCGAUGAUGAUCCAGAAUAUAGGAAAUUUUUGGAAAGUUAUGCUGCAGAUAAUGAGAAAAUGACAUCUACUCCAGAGACACUGCUAGAGGAAAUAGAAGCAAAAAAUAGAGAAUUAAUAGCUAAAAAGACAACCCCACUUUUGAGCUUCCUGAAAAACAAGCAGAGAAUGAGAGAAGAAAAAAGAGAAGAAAGAAGGAGGCGAGAAAUAGAAAGAAAAAGACAAAGAGAAGAAGAGAGGAGGAAGUGGAAGGAAGAAGAAAAACGAAAAAGGAAAGAUAUAGAAAAGCUAAAGAAGAUAGACAGAGUUCCAGAAAGGGACAAAUUAAAGGACGAACCAAAGAUAAAGGUACACAGGUUUCUGUUACAAGCUGUGAAUCAGAAAAAUCUACUCAAGAAGCCAGAAAAGGGAGAUGAAAAAGAAUUAGACAAAAGAGAAAAAGCCAAGAAACUAGACAAAGAGAAUCUGAAUGAUGAAAGAGCCAGCGGGCAAAGUUGUACACUGCCCAAGCGCUCUGACGUCGAGCCUAAAGACGAAAAGCCUAAGAGGCCCGAAGACGAGGGCGGCCGAGACUACCGGGAGCGGGAGCGGGAGCGGGACUACGAGCGGGACCAAGAGCGCCUCCUGCGGGAGAGGGAGAGGCUGAAGCGGCAGGAAGAGGAGCGCCGCAGGCAGAAGGAGCGUUAUGAGAAGGAGAAGGCUUUUAAGAGGAAGGAAGAGGAAAUGAAAAAAGAGAAAGAAGCGGUUCGGGACAAAGGAAAGAAGCCGGAAAGUACCGAAUCCGUAGGCAGCUCCGAAAAAACUGAAAAGAAAGAGGAAGUGGUUAAGAGAGAUCGCAUAAGAAACAAGGAUCGCCCGGCAAUGCAGCUUUACCAGCCAGGAGCUCGAAGCCGAAACCGACUCUGUCCGCCUGAUGACGGCACCAAGUCUGGAGAUGCGGCGCUAGAAAAGAAGCAGGAAAGUGGUAUUAGCCAUAGGAAAGAAGGAGGAGAGGAGUGAUAAGUCCAAACGGCCUUAGGUGUCCUGACUGUCUAGGCAGCCAAAGAGCACGUAUUAAGCAAUCCAGAAGUGCCUUCAGGGCAAAGGAAUAGAGACAGAGGAAGGGAUCGCUGGGCUGGUGAGGUACACUGCAGAGGAGUACGUUCUUUUUUUGUUGUUGUUGUUCUUUUUUUUUUUGCGUCCGAGCAGGAGCCCGGUUGCAGGUUCAGGUUGGAAAUACAAUUUCACUUUCUUAUGCAGUUCCUACAAAGUCAUUUUAAAGUGUCAAAGAUGAGGGAGGGGCCACGCAGUGCGGUUUGCAGGCGGGAAAUGUCCAGUGAGGAGUUAAUUAGGUGCCACCCGAGGAGAGUAAAAAAAAGACAGCUCGUUCUGUAAUCAAAGGUUUUGGUCAAACCCUGGAUUGAACUUUUCUGAAUCCGAGUGGAACAGAGUCACUGUGAAGUCUUGUUCAGAUCUAAUUACAUUCAUUGUUGGUGAUAACUGUUGACCGUGUAGCGUAGACGAAACGAGCAUGUAAUUGUAGUACAAGGACAGUGAAGGGUAUAACACGUUUGCGCCUGUGCAAAAACUUAAUUAUGUCGUGUCUAUAUCCUGGGUCCUGAAGUUUGGGGAUUAGUUGUAGUUUUUUAUUUGCUUAUGUGAGCUUAGCGCCAAGAAUAUUUUUAAACCUCUCCUUUUUGCCUUUAGCGAUUUUGAUAUUAAUGAGUAAAAUUUAACCUGUGUUUGGUUCUUGACAAUCCAGUCUUUGUUUUAUCUUAGGUCCGAUGAUCUGAGGGCAUACCCUCUCUGGGAAGGAAACUGCACCAAUUUCUGUUCCUGUCAGAUAGCUACUUUUAGUCUUAGCUUGUUUUGCAUUGAUGUCAAUAAAUACCAAUAUCACUCAAGUA